UCCCCGGAAGUGGGAGCGGGUAUCUGUCAACUCCCCAAAGGUCAGCAGUCAUCCCCUGUACUAUCCACAGUCUCUGGUCAUCCCUAUGCUGUCCGCAGUCUCUGGUCAUCCCUGUACUGUGUCCGCAGUCUCUGGUCAUCCCCGCAGUCUCUGGUCAUCCCUGUACUGUGUCCGCAGUCUCUGGUCAUCCCUGUACUGUGUCCGCAGUCUCUGGUCAUCCCUGUACUGUGUCCGCAGUCUCUGGUUAUCCCCUGCACUGUGUCCGCAGUCUCUGGUCAUCUCCUGUACUGUGUCCGCAGUCUCUGGUCAUCUCCUGUACUGUGUCCGCAGUCUCUGGUCAUCUCCUGUACUAUGUCUGCAGUCCAUUAGUUCAGAAUUUUUUUUUCCUGUUUUCUGCCUCUAA